GCUCUGUCAGUGCGCAAAUCCCAGCAGAGAGGCAGCGCUCCGGCAGAAGCGGCUGUUCGCGGAGAGAUAGAGGCUGUCUGUCUGCGCUGCGACUCAACGCAUCACACCGGCGGGGAGGCUGCACCUUCUGCCGAGGACGGACCUGAACCAGCCGGGCUCGCCUCCGGAGCCCUCCAUAUGGGCUCACCAUGCGCAGGAUACGGGCCAACGCCAUCGCGAUUCUGACCGUUGCGUGGAUCCUGGGGACGUUUUAUUACCUGUGGCAGGACAACAAGCCCCAGUCGUCGCCGUCGUCGUCGGCGUCGCAGACCCGCGGCAGGGGCCACGGGCAGAAGGGGGUCUCCGGUCGGCUGGAGAUCCACCGGGACGACAGGACCAUCCCGCUGAUAGUGACCCAGCCCCCGCGGGCAGAGCAGCAGGGCCAGCUGCUGGGCGGCUUCGAUGAGAAGGCCUAUCUGGCGGGGAAGCAGCUGAAACCAGGGGACGACCCAUAUAGAGAUCAUGCGUUUAACCUGCAGGAGAGCGACCGCCUGGGCAGUGAGCGAGCCAUCAGAGACACCCGACACUACAGGUGUGCGUCUCUGAACUAUGACACAGACCUUUCCUCCACGAGUAUCAUCAUCACUUUCCACAAUGAGGCUCGCUCCACUCUCCUUCGCACCAUCAAAAGUGUCCUGAUGAGAAGUCCUCCAUCUCUGAUUCAAGAAAUAAUCUUGAUCGAUGACUUCAGCUCUGACCCUGAGGACUGCCAGCUGCUCUCUCAGAUCCCCAAAGUGCGUUGCCUGAGGAACGGCAGGAGAGAGGGUCUGAUCCGAUCACGUGUGCGAGGAGCCAACACGGCCUCGGCCUCCAUCUUGACCUUCCUGGACAGCCACUGCGAGGUCAACACUGAUUGGCUGCAGCCGAUGAUCCAGAGAGUCAAGGAGGAUCAUACGCGAGUGGUCAGCCCCAUCAUUGACGUCAUCAGCCUGGAUAACUUCGCUUACUUGGCAGCCUCAGCUGACUUGAGAGGAGGAUUUGACUGGAGUCUCCACUUCAAAUGGGAGCAAAUUCCCAUCGAGCAGAAAAUGGCGAGGAGCGACCCCACACAGGCAAUCAGGACUCCUGUCAUCGCAGGUGGUAUUUUCGUCAUGGACAAGAGUUGGUUUAACCACCUGGGCCAGUACGACACCCACAUGGACAUCUGGGGAGGAGAGAACUUUGAGCUUUCUUUCCGGGUGUGGAUGUGCGGAGGAAGCCUGGAGAUUCUUCCCUGCAGCCGUGUGGGUCACGUGUUCAGGAAACGGCACCCGUACGACUUCCCAGAAGGCAACGCUCUCACCUACAUCAAGAACACCCGGCGGGCUGCUGAGGUGUGGAUGGACGAAUAUAAACAGUACUACUACUCUGCAAGGCCAUCAGCCCAGGGCAAGGCCUUUGGCAGCAUUGCAGACCGUCUGACACUGCGGCGGAAGCUGAACUGCAAACCUUUCCGCUGGUACAUGGAGAACGUUUAUCCUGAGCUGAGGGUCCCUGAGCAGGAAGCAGUGUCCAGUGUGCUGAAACAAGGAGGUUUGUGUCUGGAGACCCGUGGGACAGACGGCCUCAGCCUGGCAGAGUGCAGGGGCAUUGGAGCCAACAGGCCACAGUCGCAGAGAUGGGAGCUAAUAGAGCCACUGCUCCGGCAGCAGGACCUCUGCCUGGCCAUCUCAGCCUUCACAGCAGGGUCAAAGGUCAAGAUGGAGUCCUGCAAUGCAAAAGAGCCCAGACAGAAGUGGAAGCCUAAAGGCACGGCUCUGCAGCACAUGGUCAGCGGCCUGUGCCUGGACAGCCAGGCCCCAUCGGGCCCUCCGGUCAUCACGCAGUGUCGCGCCCAGGUGGCCAGCCAGACCUGGGAGCCACAGAUUAUCACCUGAGCCACGGCGUGAUGGGGACGAGGCAGAGGGAGGAGCGGAUUCUGGACCCGACCUGCAGAGGGACUCAUGGGGAUCACGUCUGCACACUGUCUGUCGCCUUGCUGAGGGAUGAAUGGAGUGAGAACUGUACUUUUGUGAUGUCAACUUCAAGCUCCUGCUCACUGGCGACAGGAGAAAACAUUUUAAGGCCUUGUUGCGUGAAACAUCCGAGGUCCUUCGUGUACAGUGCUCCAUCCUCCGAGGAUGCUGCAGUUCUUCUACGUAAUCUAAGCUUUUCACUGAAAACUGUUGCACAUUUCACUUUUUCAUUUCUGUAUCUAUCCUGGUCAACAAUUCCUUAAAAUCAGAGUAGUGCGGAUCGCCUCAACACAAGUGAGCUCACACUGCAGCAGCUGUGUUGAGGUGGGCCGCAGCUACUCUGAGUCAGAGUCACUGCUUGUCUUGUUGCCUAGUCUUAGGUUGAGGCAUGUCUGGUGACCGUGUGGACCGGGGCAGCUUUAUGUAUAGCCAACUAAAACCUGAGCUUUUAUUUUUUGUCUCUUUAAUGGCAGAACAGCAGUCUUGAAAGCACCAUGCAAAGCACCGUCAGGAACAUUAUUUAUUGUUUUGCAUGGUCAGACCCAAAGAAUGUUUUAUUUUCUGUCUCUCUACAAAGUUUUAUGUAAAUAUUUGAAGCAGAUAAUGGCCUGGUUUUUGUGUCAAGUACUCUAUAUGUUGUUUGAGAAAUAAAAUGUGGUAACA